CGAUGUGCACCGCGCCAAAAACAUGAGACGGUGGCCGCGGGCACGGGAGAAGGGUGUGUCAGGAUGAGCAGGCGCGUGGGGCGGUGCGCGAGCGCCUGCGCGCGGCGGCGGCGGGAGGCGUGACGCGCAGGAGCGGCGCGUCCCGUCCGCGCCCGCGCCCGUCCCGCGGCCGCCCCGUGCGCGUGAUGCGAGCGGACCGCGCCGCGCUUCACGCGUGGCUGGUCUGCUGCGCGGCCGCGCUCUCCUCUCACAAGUACAGCACGCGCGUCGUGAGGACCAAGUAUGGCCCUCUGCGGGGAAUCGUCGUGCACUCGCAUCCGCAAGUCGAAGCUUAUCUCGGAGUGCCAUAUGCCACACCGCCACUUGGUAGCCUUAGAUACAUGCCGCCGGUGACCCCGUCCCAGUGGCGCACGACGCGGCUGGCGGACGCGACGGGCCCGGCGUGCCCGCAGGUUCCGCCCGCCGCCGCGCCGCGCGAGGAGGCGCUGCUGCUGCACCCGCGCGCGCGCAUCCGCCAGCUCGAGCGCCUGCUGCCACUGCUCGCCAACCAGAGCGAGGACUGCCUAUAUGUCAACAUUUAUGUUCCUGUCAAUGGUGAAGGUGAGAACGAGGGCGGCGGGCUGUCGUGCCUGGUGUUCGUGCAUGGCGAGUCGUACGAGUGGAGCUCGGGCAGCGCCUACGACGGCACCACGCUGGCCGCGCACGGCAACAUCAUCGUAGUCACUAUCAACUUUAGGUUAGGUGUAUUGGGUUUUUUAAAGACUGGUGCUAAGGGGUCGGCGCAGGGUAACUUCGGACUGAUGGACCUAGUGGCGGGUCUACACUGGCUGCGCGAGAACCUGCCCGCGUUUGGCGGGGACCCGGAGCGGGUGACGCUCAUGGGCCACGGCACGGGGGCGGCGCUCGCCAACUUUCUUGCUGUCUCCCCUGUGGCUCGAGAGCUACUGAAGCGUGUCAUCUUGUUAAGCGGGUCGGGUCUCAGCUCAUGGGCAUUGCAGAGAGAGCCACUUACGAUAAAAAGAAAGGUGGCAGAGCAGACGGGAUGCCACGGCGACCUGCAGGAGGACGACCUGGCGCCGUGCCUGCGCAACAAGCCGCUGGCCGAGCUGCUAGCCGUGCGACUCGACCCGCCCAGGUUCCUGCCCGGCUUCGCGCCCUUCGUCGACGGCACUGUCAUUGUCAAUCCGUCUUCCGCCCCUCCGCCCACCGACAGCUCGCGGCUCGGCGCCGGCGCCGCCGCGGUGGCGACCGCUGCCGGCCACGAGCUCGCCGACUUUCCGCACAGAGAACUAUUGUUCGGUCUCACUACUACCGAAUCUUACCUGGAAUUCAACGCUCAAGACUUGGAGUUCGGUUUCAACGAGAGCCGCCGGGACCGCAUUCUGCGCACAUUCGUUAGGAACGCCUACUACUACCACCUUAACGAAAUAUAUUCCACCCUGAAGAAUGAGUACACGGAUUGGGAUAAACCUCUGCAAAACCCCCUCAGCGUCCGCGACGCUACGCUAGAGGUACUUAGCGACGGGCGAACGGCGGCCCCACUUAUCAGGUUAGGGUACCUGCACGCUCUCCGCGGCGGAACCACUUAUUUUUCACACUUUCACCACCUCUCGCCCGACAAGGAUUAUCCACAGCGUCCAGGUUCAGUGCACGGCGAGGAGCUGCCCUACUACCUGGGCGUGCCACUGUCCCUGUCCCACCACGCUCAGAACUACACUCAGCAGGAGCAGCGAGUGUCGCGCUUGUGCAUGCACUACAUCACCAACUUCGUUAAAUACGGUAACCCGAACGACCCUUCUGCGACGCCGCCACCGAGCCCACUGCUGGGCGAGGCGCCGAGACUGGGUCCCAACCAGACGCCAUACUGGGACACUUAUGACACCAUCAACCAGCUCUACCUGGAGAUCAGUAGUAAGGCUGAAAUGCGCAGCCAUUACCGUGGCCACAAGAUGUCGCUCUGGCUGUCCCUCAUCCCGCAGCUGCACCGCUCCGGGCCCGACAUGCCGGACGCCGCCAUGCGGCACCACCACUUUCAAGAAGAUCCUAAUUAUUACGAAGGCGCUGUAAGAGUGCAACCUAUGACUCGAGAACAUGUGCCGCAUGUUGUGAAUCUGGAUAGCGCUGUGCGUGGCGACGGUGGGCGCACUACACCGCCGCCGCGCACAGCAGCUCCACGGCCCUCCGUCCCACCCGCGCCCUCCACCGAGUGCCCCCCUAAUGUCACGACGACACCUGCUCAAACCGACGACGCCCUGUUGCGGCGACUCGCUUCUUCUCAUUAUCAGUCUUAUACUGCCGCCCUGACCGUCACGAUAGCAGUCGGGUGUUUCCUUCUACUUCUCAACGUUCUUAUAUUCGCUGGCAUAUAUCACCAGAGAGGAACGCGGCCCCGGCGAUCGAAAGAUGAUUUGGCCGAGGCGGGAAGCUCAUCAUCUUCCGACAAUUAUGAUGGAAAGCUCGACUACGAAGUGCGCGCAUUUGAUGGGAAAGGUUUCGGUUUCGAGUGUAAGUCUGCCCACGUGCCGCGGGCAACCGGGUCUAAGUUUGAUCUACGGACGUUAUCAGACUGCGGUGAGCCUACGUUUGGUGAAUACAGUUGCUACGACGAGAAACACAGGGCGGCGCGUCGGUCGUUGCCGGAUGUAAGUGUGGGUAGUGCGAUUGAAGCCGGUAGUGUAGUUUGUAUCGGUGUAGACACACAGAAACCUGAUAUUCAAAAAGUGGAUGGAAGACAAGAGGUCAUAGGUAGAACUACCACCUUUGAACCUAGAGUAGUUGAUAGUUCUACACAAGUGAAAUUCGGUCCAGUGCCCGACCCGUCGGAAGGGGCGUGCGAGUCCAACGCCGAGUCGGAGGCCUGCGGCGCGAGCGGCUCGGGCAUCCUGCGCGUGCCGCCGGCCGCCGCCACGCCCGCGCCGCCCGGCAUCAUGAAGAAGAGGGUACAGAUUCAGGAGAUAUCAGUAUGAGGGCUCCUUGAUACCGCUCAAAUUGUUAUUAAUAAAAGGACUGAAUUAUAACGAAUUCACGACCUCUUCAAGUGUAUAUUUAGAGUAAUGAAAUGUGACAAGAGUAAAGAAACAAUGUAUAUAUUGAUACAGUUUAUUAGAUAAAUAAUAAAUGUGCGUACAGCGAAAUGGACUUAGAGGAAUAUAUGUAAUUUUCUCUGCCUUAUGUGAAUCUGCAGUUGUAAAUAUGUAAGUAAUACUUCUUGUCUCUUCCGCUCUACUUGCUAUCGUAUAGAAGGCGUGGGAAUAGUUUAACAGUUUGUAUAGUGGGUAAGUCGCAGUCCUUGAUUACAUACAUUCGAGCUAAUAUAAUUUGCCUGUGACUACACUGUGACUGUUAUAUUAUUUCUACCCUUUAUACAUAAUAUAUAGAAUGAAGGAAUUGUAGGUUCUUGUGAACGUAUUUGUAUGUAAAGUUAACAUUUACAUGUGAAUAUAACAAUAACAUAGUAAUGAAGUGAUCUAAAUACCGUUGUACAUAAUGGAUACAAAAAGUAUUUCGCGUAGUAUAUAAAUAACUUUGAAUGUUGUAAUUUUUUGUAAAGUUACUUUAAGUGACUAUUACUUUGAGUAGUUUUUGAUAAGUAACAAUUGAAAAUUAAUAUGACAAACGGGUAAGUACUCAGAAGCGCUCAUUAGGUUAAAAAUAAAACCAUCAACCAACGCGAGAACGGUUCAUAUUAUUUAAACCAAACAAUUACUUCGAGGUAAACAGGGUAAAAGACCAUUCUUUAAAGUACAAUUCUGCCAUCAAAAAUAUUUCUACAGUUAUGCCCAUACAGAGUAGUCGUUUUAGUAGCUUUUAAUUGACCGAAUGCCUAGAUUAAUCAAAUUCUAUAGGUAUACUUACUAUAAUUAACGCGAACCUCUGGUCUCACCCUACGUAACUGCUUUAUACCCAUAUACUAAACGUAAACUAUCACUUUUUUAUAAACAAAUUAAUCCCGAGUUUUAAAUUUGUUUGAUUAAAUAAUGAUACCUACUCUUGCAUGACUUAAAUAAAUACUUUAGUAAACUUUCUGUACAAAUCACUACAAAUUUUCUGUAGGUGAAAUUAUUAUACAUAUGGUGCCCACGAGGAACCUGAACGAUGUUGAACAGCUUGAUCAAUAUACCUAGAUAUUUUUCUAGCACGAACGUCAAGUUGUUAGUGCUUGACAAAAUAAAAACAUCGACAAUCCUUUUAUCGAUAAAUAUCCUUACAUAAGGUUAUUGAUUACCCCUGAUAAUAAUCUCUAAAAUCUUGAAUAAUCAUGUAAGAAAUUAUGUAUACUAUUAAAAUAUGGUUCGUUUUAGGUAUUAUUAUUGUCCAUUUAUUUUCAAACAUGUGACAUUUGUAUAAUACAUUAAUGAUAUAUACCUACACAUCAAUUCGAGCCUAUAUUCAAUAAACGGGGUAGGCAGAGCACAUGCAACUACUCAAGAUUCAGUGCCACGGCAAUAAUUAAUGACAUAAUAAAAUUAUAAUAAUUAAUGACAUAUUAUAAUGUAAGUUAUCGAUGAACUAAAUAUCGGAAGGAAGUCACUAGUGUCACUUCGUUCGUGACAUAAAAAAUAUCUAGGUAUAUUGAUCAAAGUUUCAAACUUUUAGAAUAAGCUAGUUUCAUUUUUAAUUAGCAAUAUUAAAUGAAUACGUGUCUUUAAUUUUUAUGAAAUUGAAAAUAAUUUGCUUAUCCUUAGAGCGUUUUCACAUUUUCUGAUCAGAUAUCGGAUGUAGGACCAACAUAU